AUGGUUCUUGAUCUUGACUUAUUUCGAGAAGAUAAAGGAGGCAACCCUGAAUCCAUUCGUCAAUGCCAGCGAAAACGCUUUAAGGAUGUCUCCCUUGUCGAUCAAGUUGUCCAAUUGGAUAGCGAAUGGAGAAAACGUAUGUAUGGAUAA